AUGGCAAGUAUUGUAGUAUUCUUCCUCUCGUUGGCUGCCGGAGUAGCCACCGGACAACCGUCUCUCCUGCCGCCAUCUCCGCCGCCAUCUCGGGCAUGUGAUAUACCAGCUAUAUACAAUUUCGGUGAUUCCAACUCCGACACUGGCGGCAUAGCGGCGGCAUUUUAUCCUCCAGGUCCACCUUCUGGCGAAACCUUCUUCAAAAGGCCCGUCGGAAGAGCCAGUGACGGCCGCCUAAUCAUAGACUUCGUCGCCGAGAAACUGGGAUUGUCGUAUUUGAGUGCGUAUUUGGAUUCUAUCAAAGCCGAUUACACACAUGGUGCAAAUUUUGCAACGGGCGGUGCAACCAUUAGGCGCGUAAAUGAAUCAUGGUUCGUAAAUGACGUUAGUCCGUUUUCUCUCGACAUUCAAGUUGAGCAGUUUAAUCAGUUCAAAGAUAGAACGAUUUAUCUGUAUAAUAAAGCCGAGAACGAAUCUCAAAGAAGCAAUCUACCUAGGCCCGAGGAUUUCGCGAAAGCCAUAUACACAAUCGAUAUAGGCCAAAACGAUAUUGCAUACUGUUUCAGGACACUGGGAGUCGAAGCGAGCCGAGCCGCCAUCCCCGAUAUCGUCAACCAAUUUGCUACGUCUAUUCAACAAUUAUACGGAAAAGGCGCAAGGGCAUUUUGGAUACAUAACACAGGGCCCAUUGGUUGUUUGCCCGUGACAUAUGCGAAGAUCCAUGACCCACCCAGGGGUUACCUCGAUAAGACUGGGUGCGUCGCGGGGCAAAACGUUGUAGCCACCGAGUUCAAUAAGCAACUCAAAGCGAAAGUCAUUCAACUGAGAUCAGAUUUGGCGGGAGCUGUGCUGACGUACGUGGACAUGUACUCAGCAAAAUAUCAAUUGAUUGCCAAUGCCAAAGACCAAGGAUUCAAUAAAUGGUCCACGAUAUGUUGCGGAUACCACGAUUCAGACGAGGACGUGUACUGUGGGAAUCAAGGAAAGAUUAACGGUACUGAAGUUUUUGCUGGAUCGUGCAAAGACCCAACUAAGGUCAUUAGUUGGGAUGGUGUACAUUACACUGAAGCUGCGAACAAUUGGAUUGCGAUCCACAUCACUGACGGAUCAUUUUCAGAUCCACCAUUUUCAAUUCUUGAAACAUGUCCAAAUCAUAUAUCAGUAUCGUAAUCAUUCAUCAGUAUCAAAUUCACACUGACUGAAACAAACUAAUCAAUUUGUUUUUACCUUUUCAUUUGUCAUCUUGUGAUAAAAACAAUGAAACAUGAGUUUCGAUCCAU